AUGUCUGAAGGUUUACCAAAUAAUGAACAAACUGCUCCAGAUCCAGUUGCUGAACUUAAAGAAUGUUUAUACUUCAGCAUUGAGAAUGUUAAAAACAAGUUAAAUGAGAGGAUUCAUGAAGAUGUGGAUGGUAUCGAUUACAUCUGUGUUCAGUUAGCUAGAAUUGAAAAUCUUGUGGAAAGAGCUUCUGCUUUGUACAACAUUCCCAAUGAUAUUGCAAACUCUUUAAGAAUAGCACAGGAGAAGUUGAAAUUUGUAGGAGGAGAAAAUGAACAGACAUCCAUUUUUAUUCAUAGUGGUUGUCGUGGAAGACCAUCAGUAUACAUUCCGAAAGAACUUCUUCAGUUGUAUUUGGAUUACAGGUUCACAUUCAAAAAGAUUGGAGAAAUAUUUGGUGUAGCUAGCAAAACCAUACAAAGACGAGUUGUUGAAUUUGGCCUGAAGUCUUGCAAUUACACUAUGCUAUCAGAUGAACAACUGGAUGAACAGAUGUAAGAAAUUAUUUACAAUAUACAUAAGGAUAUUACUUGACUGUGAUUGGUUGAUUUCAGUGCAGUUAAUCCCAAACAGCAGUGCAAUUUUCUGUAAUCACAGUGCAAUUUUUCUGUAAUCUUUACAUGUCAAAUGUUUCCCCACUAUAAUAAAAUAACUGCCCCCCCCUUCUGAACCAAUAUUUUUAGGUGCCUUUUUCGGUCAAAAAUACCUCAUGACCAACCCCCUUUUUUGCCAGCCCACCCCCGGUCAUAAAUAAUGAAUGGUCGCUUACCUAUACUUCAAACACUCAUUAAUAAUUCAUAAGCUUAUUGGCAAAUCAUGUAAACUAUAACAUGUCACAUGCAGUGGCUUUAAACCUGAUAAAACACUCCUAAUUAGUAUUCUCUAUACAAAAAAUACUAAUAAGGCAGUAUCUAUUGUUGUCGUGUCCACAUUAGUAUUUUUUAUAUAAAGAAUACUAAUAAGGCGGUAUAUCUAUUGAAUUUGUAUAGUCGUGUUUGAAGUAAAGGUCUAAAGUAAAGCCACUUUUAUGGUAUUAGGUCUAAAGUAAAGCCACUCGCGCUGAGCGCUCGUGUCUUUAAACCUAAUAAAACACUCCUGCUCGUUUAUUAAACAGUACUUCAGGUAUAGCAUAACACUGAAGAAAAUGCAGAAUAUGAAAAGCCACAAUAACUAAAGUACUAGUACUCAAGUAACUGUGUACAAAGUAAUUGUCCAGGUGGUUUGUCCAUUAGUUUCAGGUUUCAACGAUAAUUGAUCAUGCAAUGAAUUUUUUGUUAUUAUUAUAAUUUUUUUUCAGUUUUAAUAUUGUAUAUAUUAAUUAAUGUUACUCUAUUAUUUAUAAUGUUUUCAGAUCAGACAUUUUAAAAGUAUUUCCAAACUGUGGAUAUCGAAGAAUGCGUGGUUUUUUAACAGCAAGAGGUUUACACAUUCAAUGGCGCCGGAUAGAAGAUAGUAUGAAGCGUGUGUGUCCAGAGGGCAUACUAAUGCGGUGUUUACAAUUCAAUGUUCUUAAAAGAAGAAUCUAUAAUGUAAGAUCACCAUUAUCACUUUGGCAUAUAGAUGGCAAUCACAAGCUAAUAAGGUUAGAAUUCAAUUAAUGUGCCAUUUUUUGUAUGUUCCCUUGCCAGAUAUAGGAUUAUUGCCAUUGGACACUUUCUUAUAGUAACACGGUUUAAAUAUCAUUUAAUUAAAUUGAUAUUACCAAAUAAGGCAAAUGUGGGUGGAUAUACAAUACCUAAAGGUGUAUAUAUGAACCACUUGUACCUGAAUGUUGAUUUGUUUACUUUGUUAGAUGAUUAAUUGCUUGUAUUACACCCAAAUUUGAGAUGGAAAUUGAAUGCAGCUUGCAUUUAGUAGUAUUAUUUUAUAUUUCAUUUUACUUUCUACUACUCUAGAUGGGGUUUUGUCAUUCACGGAUGCAUUGAUGGUUAUUCUCGCCAGAUCACCUUUCUGCACUGUAGUUGCAAUAAUAAAGCUCAAACAGUUCUACAACUGUUCCUUGAUGCUGUGGAUGUUUUUGGAUUGCCUUCUAGAGUGCGUGGAGAUAAAGGUGUGGAAAAUGUGGAUGUCGCUUGGCAUAUGUUUACUCAUCCCAUGCGUGGCCCUGAUAGGGGGAGCUUCAUUUCUGGCAGGAGCUGCCAUAACCAACGCAUUGAAAGACUUUGGAGGGAUGUAUUUAGCGGUUGUACACAUAUAUUCCACAGUCUCUUUCACCACAUGGAAAAUGAAGGAAUAUUAGACAUCGGGAAUGAUCUGCAUCUCUAUGCAUUAAGAUAUGUAUUCACGAAAAGGAUCAACAAUAGUUUAAAGACAUUUGCAGAAGGUUGGAAUCAUCAUCCUCUUUCAACUGAAGACAACAUGUCACCUGCUCAGCUGUGGGUUUGGGGCCUGAGGAAUCAACUCAUUGACAUGGAACUUAACGAUGUAAGGUAUCCAUAUAAGUUAAGUAAAUCGUGCUUUAGUUCAAAGUAUCCAAGUGCUGAACAUCACUGGCAAAGAGCAAUUGAUGUAUUGGUGCACGUGUAA